AUGAAUAUUAAUAAUAAUAUUAAAUUGAAUUUAUUUAUAUUUAGAGAAGUAGCAGGUUUUUUGGCUUACAAAAAGAAUUUUAAAGAAUUGUUAGAACUAGGUCUUUUAUCAAGAAGCUGUUUUAAAAUAUUUCAAAAUAUUAUUUCACAAAGUAAUUUUUAUAAUAUAGUUUUAGAAUUUCAUAAUUUUAAAAAUUAUAUUUUAAAAAGCAACAAUGAAAUCCACUACAAAGAAAAACUAAUUCAAUAUAAAGAUAUUGAAAGUUUGUGUUUGGAUUUGGGAAUUUCAUGCGAUUAUGAUGAAAAGAAAUUUUCAUUUGUAGAAUUGCAAAAAUUUCUACUAAACAAUUGUCCAUCUUUAAAGCAUGUAGAAAAGAAUGAUGUAAUCUUGGCAAAGUAUUUCCAGAUGAAUGGUGGCCACGAUCUCUAUGAUAGAACUAUGAAUGGCUUUUAUAAUUUCAAAAGACUAAUUGUUAACUGGGAGAAUUUUUUGGUGCCUGCAUCAAACCAAAGAGAAUUAGAAGAUACCGCUAUUUCUGUCUACAGUUCUAGAAAUUAUGAAUUUAGCUUUGAAUUUUUAAAAUAUUACAUGCCAAAGAAAGUUUACAUUUCGACCAACCCAAAUAAAAGAGUAUGUUUAGAAAAGAUAAAUCAUAUUCUAGACUGCCAAUCCAUCGAGUCCAUUCAUUUCUUUUACCAAGACACACCUAAAAAAUUCAUUAAAUCUGCAUUAGAACUCUCAAGAAUCCGUUCUCUUACUAUUUUAUAUGAUUUAGAGAAUGACCAAGACUUCCUAAACACUUUUAAAGAACUUUCAAAUUCAAAUACAACUCUCAAGAAACUAAGAUUCAAAAUGGGUGAUGACAAAUAUUAUGAAAAUGGAUUUUCAUUUGGUUCAGAUACACAUAAACUAUUCAAAUUAUUAAAAUCAAACCAAUCAAUUACCUCUUUGGGAUUUGAAUAUUACAAUAUCAGCUCCAGCUCACACUUGGAACCAUUAAAACAAUUUAGUAAUAUCCAAUCCCUGUACUGUAAUGAAAAAAGCUUAAUAUCGUUUUUAAUACACAUUAAAACAAACCCAAAUAUAAAGAAAUUAAAAUGUGUAAAACAACUAUACGAUGAUUGGGAAAAUUUUGAUUGGAAGAAAAAAGAAAUUGAAAAAUUAAUUAAAGAAGUAUCUCAAAAACCCCCAUCCUCACCCUCCUCAUCUCCAUCCCUCUCAUAUUCAUCCUCAUUAUUCCCUCCUUCCUCUUCUUUGGAAUCCAUCACCAUUGAAAUUGAAGUUUUUGAAUUUUUUGAAAAGAAAAAUAUAAAAAUUAAAAUUAAAAUUCACCAAAAAUUGGAUUAUGGUUUGAUUUGUUGUUGGGGAUUAUUAUAA